AUGGCAGAGAAUAAAAGUUGGAGCUGCGAUUUUAAAAACCAGAGUGAUAACACUAUCGACACCGAUUCUGCACGAGAAAGACAAUUUUCUCGAAAAAUUGUUCCCGGAGACAACAUUCGAAAAUGGGACACCCAAAUCGUAAUUUUAGUUUCACACGAAAACAGGAACAAUCUCCCCACAAGUCUUAAACAACGUAAGAAUCCUGAUUCACAACCAAGAGAAUAUGAUAGCAACAAACAACAGGCAAUGUAUCCAAACUGUGCACAGUGCACCCGGAUUUGA